AUGCAGUGCAGCUGCACUGCCCGUCAUGGACCGGCCGCAGAAACAGCGGAGGUCGAAAUUCUGAACUUAUGUUCACGCACGAAGAUCGAGCUGUUCAAGGAUUUCUUGCAGAGGGAGCUGGAGAGUCUGGGAUAUAGGCUCAACACGAGAUAUGCUGCACUGCAGAAGCGCAUCAAAGCAGAUGACUUGGAGACCGAUGGUAAAUCGCCUGGACUCGCAGGUCAGCCGGAAGAGUGCUCAGAUGGCGCUGUGCAGAGCGAGCAAAUGUGGCCACUGCAGGCCGUCUUUUCUGGCUCGGUCUUCUUUUUCGAGUCCAUGGCGGGCAUGCUGCCUUGGACAUGCACAGAGCACGUGCAUACGGAUGCGACGUAUACGGAAGCUUACGAUGUUCUCACACAGCCCUUGCUGGAGUUCCUUGAGGUGCAAGAUCUAGUGCACAUGCGUGCGGCGAGCUCGGCUGAGUCCUUCGAUGAGGCAGUUUCGCUUCACGUGGAGAAAGCAGCUGGCUUCGAGCCUUCGGAGUUUGCAGGCUCUGCCAUGAUCUCCUGCCGUAACUUCUUGUGUAAUCUCCGCGCGACUGGGCGUGGUUCUGGCGAAACGUCGCUGGACUGCGGCAAGCGCUUGCUCAGAACAGAGUUCGGGGACAAUCUGGCACCGCAGAAGUCUCAACUUUGUCGUGUGUGGCUUGUGCUGCAAGCCUCCGAAGAGCAUUUUCGCGACUCGCGCGGGAUGACCAACAGAUUCCUGAAGCACUUUGUCACUCGCUGUUGCGACGAGGAUCCGGAGGUCUCGAUGUCCGUGCACUAUUUGCUGAAGUGCUGCGGCAAAACUGGCUUGGAACAUGUGCAACGUCAGAUCGCUGAGGAGAUGUUCAAACUGACGACCCGGUUCCAAACAAGUGGCUGA